AUGACUUCAGAAAAGGAGUGGUUUGAGGGUCUAGAAGAGCUGAACGAACCUGUUUACGUGGAGCUUGCUGACGGUAGCAACCUGUUGAGCUCGAUGGCGGGAACAAUCCGAGCAACGGCACCCAAUGGAACAACAGUGCGCUACACGGACGUGCUCUACGUACCCGGCUUGAAGUCCAACCUGCUCUCCUAUUGCCAACUGUACAAGAAGGGAGCUCGCAUUCACACACGUGAGGAUGGACACACGGAGAUCACAAUGGCGGAUGGAGAUGAGCAUGUUCUUAUUGGAGUUGGAAUGAUCAUGCAUGGGGUGCUAAUGGUGCAAUAUGAGCCUGCACUUGCAUCCGCCCAUGAAUCUGGUCAUGAUCAUCCGAAUGAAGCAUCGAAUGAGACUGAUCCUGGAGGGUUGAAUGUGCAAUCUGCUCAUGCAUCCAUCACAUAUCGCAUGGCCCACAAGCGCUUGGGUCACCCAUCAUACACAUCCAUGGACGCAACAUUCCGCAAUGGAGAUGUUGAAGGACUCUCCAUAUCCGACAAGACAAACCCACUCAAACCCCCGUGUGACUCAUGUCUUCGAGGGAAGAUGAGUAAGGCCCCAUUUCCCACAGGUGGCGACAAACGCACAACUCGACCCUUGGAGCUCGUGCAUAGCGACAUUAUGGACUUGAGUGACGCUCACCCCUCACUUCGCUAUGUGCUGACGCUCAAGGACGACUACACCAACUACCUGUGGGUGGCGUCGUUGACUCGCCGAUCCGACAUGGCAGCUGUUUUCUCUGCUUGGCAUCGCGAGAUGAAGGCCAAGUUGCCCACAACGCCGCUGGCUGCUUUACGCACGGACAACGGGGGGGAGUACACCGCAAAUGCUUUCACGGAUUACCUGAGCUCUCAUGGCAUCAGCCACCAAACGUCGCUACCACACACACCGCAGUAG